CUUUUCCCUCCUUCCAUUUUUCAUUUGAAUACUUCGAAGCUGGGAAAGAAAAAGGAAAAGAAGGAGAAACAAUAAUACACCUCGAAAAAUUGCCCUAAUUUCUAAGGGGAAAAAAAUGGAAAGAGAAAAGGAAAACGAAUCCAAUAAUUCAGCUGUUCAAGUAGGUGGAGUUCCCAUCUAUGGCGGAAAAUUCACUCAGUAUAACGUCCUCGGCAACCUCUUUGAAGUCCCUUCCAAGUAUAUACCUCCAAUCAAUCCCAUUGGCCGUGGCGCCUAUGGUCUCGUUUGCGCCGUCACCAAUUUCGAGACAAAGGAAGAAGUGGCGAUUAAGAGAAUUGCCAAUGCUUUUGACAACAGGAUAGAUGCGAAAAGGACCUUACGUGAAAUUAAGCUUCUUACCCAUAUGGAUCACGAAAAUGUUGGUGAAGCUAUAGAUUCCGUUAUUAAAAUUAAGGAUAUUAUACGCCCACCUGAUAGAGCUGAUUUUAGUGAUGUCUACAUCGCGUAUGAGUUGAUGGAUACUGAUUUGCACCAGAUCAUAUGUUCGUCACAGGAACUUACUGAGGACCACUGCCAACUUCUAAGGGGACUAAAAUACAUACAUUCGGCCUGUGUUCUGCACCGAGAUCUAAAGCCCAGUAAUUUACUUCUGAAUGCUAAUUGUGAUCUGAAGAUUUGUGACUUUGGCCUUGCAAGAACCAACUCGGAGAUAGAUUAUAUGACUGAGUAUGUCGUAACUCGAUGGUAUCGAGCUCCUGAGUUAUUGCUCAACUGUUCAGAGUAUACUGCUGCGAUUGAUAUGUGGUCAGUUGGUUGUAUAUUGAUGGAAAUACUUAAAAGAGAGCCUCUUUUCCCUGGUAAAGACUAUGUUCAACAAUUGGGGCUAAUAAAUGAGCUAUUAGGUUCCCCUGAAGAUUCUGAUCUGGGGUUUUUAAGAAGUGAAAAUGCGCGGAAGUAUGUCAAGCAGCUUCCCCAAGUGCCCAAAUUGCCCCUUUCUCAAAAGUUCCCGGAAUUAUCCUCUGUUGCAGUUGAUCUUGCUGAGAGAAUGCUCGUCUUUGACCCGGCCAAACGUAUUGCUGUUGAGGAAGCACUGAGUCAUCCGUUUUUGUUGAGUCUCCACGAAAUCAAUGAGGAGCCCACUUGUCCAUCUCCAUUUGUGUUCGAUUUUGAACAGUCAUCAUUAAGUGAAGAGGACAUAAAGGAGCUAAUAUGGAAGGAGUCUCUCAAGUACAACCCUGAAUAGAUUAAAAUGAAAUGUCCCCUGUUUCUUUUCUUGGUGUAUUUGUUCUGCUCUAACGUUUGUCUUGGUUUGAUUGUAGAUAGAUGAUUUGGGUUUGUCACGUGUGUUUAUGUGUUGUGUUGUGUUGCAUAAGAAUAGAUUCCUAUAUUCUGGAUUGUUGGGAGAUUAUGAUUUCCAAAUAAGGGAAAUCAAUUGGUUUUUUUUUUUCCAUUCAGGCAACGUGUUGCCACAUUUUUUGCUUAUUGUGGAUUCUUAAAAAUGGCAUGUUUACAAGGAAUCUUUGGUGAGGUUCUUCUUUCUGAGACCUGUNUCA